UGAUGACUUUUUAAGAGAAUUUUUGAUAAAAACGGCCAAAAGACAAUAUAAAAAAGGGCAGCUUAAUCAAGCAGUCGAUACUUUUUGUCAACUAUUAAUUGCAACAGAUGGUCGUCUUCGAAUUGAAGAAAUGAUAUUAUUAGUUGAUGUUUUCAGGGAAAAGCAAAUGAAUGAUUCCCCUUAUGUAAUGGAUGAAUUAUGGGGUUUUGUAUUAGAAGAAUUACGUGUUGAUUGCGCGGAAGCAUUUGAAAUUGUGAUGGUUUCGAGAAGUAUAAACAAUACCAAAAAUAAUUAUUCUGAGGAAAUAAUAGAAGAGAAGGUUUGA